CACACACACACACACACACACACACACACACACACACACAUACACACACCCUUGCUUCUCGUGCCGUGUUUUAAGCUCUUCAACGACCCUCUUAAAUGUAUGAGUAGUUGUUAAACAUUUUUCAAAAGUGAAGUAAACAAUCCCUUCCCCUCCCUCCCUACUUAAGAAAAUAAGUUGCUUAAGUGUACGAAAAGAAAAUAGAAACUCUUAGUUGUGAACAGUUUAGACACAGCUGAGGAUUCUGUUGGUGUCUGCAACUCACCACCGUCUCCCAGGGCGCUUACUUUCUGGGGGAACUCAAGAAAAGUUUUUCCUCUUAUCACUUUGGGUAAGAAAACGAGGCACACUUACCGAGGAUUUAAGGAAAAAGCAAGAAUAUAGGAGGAAGAGUGUGAGAAAGAGAGAGAGAGAGAGAGAGAGAGAGAGAGAGAGAGAGAGGUGGCGGUCAGUCUGCUAGCAAAGGCAAUACAAGUAUCAUACUCGACGUAAAUUCUUCUCUCCGCAAAAAAUGGAACAUUAAAAGACUUUAGUCCCUCGCCACGACCUCUCCCGGGUCAUUCCCUGUUUUACAUCUGCCUUUUUACUCUCUGCUCUUUUCUGGUUUUCUUGGAUCAUUUCUCCUGCGACGCUGAGAGGACACCUCUGCUCACCCAGUGACGAAUGCAGAGGACACACUGAAAGAAAACAGUGACGAAAGCUGGUGAAAGAAGAGAAGAGCGGCGGCGGGGAAUGAAGGUAGUGGAUCCUUGCUCAAAAAAGUUGUUGCUAUUACCCUAAACUUUACUAUGUUGGCCCAGACGCUGAGGAGGAGUAGUGGACCCUAACUCGAAGGACUGCGUCACUCUCUCGGGAGAUCCUGCCCUAACAUGUGAGAUUUUACUUAAGACUUUAGAUAAAAAAAGAAAAACAGAAACUCCUCGAGAAAUCUGGCUGUUGUAGACUGACCGCGAUCAUCAUAACUUCCUAACUAUCGUUCAGGAAGUUGUUGUGAUUCAGCUCUUGACUGGACCACCCGGUGAACUUAUUACGUAUGUUGCUCAGCUGCCAUCUACAUAGCGGAAUCAUGAAAUAAAGAAAAACUCGUUUGUCUUUUACUGUUGGUUCGCUGUGACUACCUUCAUCGCUGGGAAAAAGUGUUGAGAAGGGAUGAAAGAGGAAAAAAAAGGCUCCUAUUGAAAUGACGGCAGAAGCUCAAGGCAAAUCAUAUAUGAGUUAGGGACUGUGUUCAGGUGCGAAAGAGUGACAAAAGUUUUUUUGCUUGUAGAUUUACUGGUGCGUUUUGAAAGAACGACGGACAACCUUUGAGAAAUUCUGCAGCAAAAAAAAAAAAAAAAAAAAAAAAAAAAAACGAAAAAAAAAAAAAAAAACGCACAAAGCCAACAAUUUCAAGAACGACUAAUAUUAACAUCCCAGUUGACAGUCCUCACAGACGAAAGCCACUAACAAUCCAAUUCAAUUCGUCACAUUCUGCCCUACCAUUGAAUAAAACUUUACGAAUGAGGCAUUAAUUGACCAACUAACGAGACGACAAUUGCUAGAGAUAUCAACAGCCUCAAAUAUCCUCCCCAAAAAAGGCCCAGUAACGACUAGUAUAAAAAAGGAGCCUCAUUUGUGAGUCGGUAAAAGAUAGUUACGACCUAAGUACCGAAAUAAAGUGAGUGAGAACGAAGAAGGAACCCAACCAUCGGCCUUUGGGAACGCCUCUUGCACAAAACUGAAGUGACCUUCGAGGCAGCAUGGCGGGGGAGGGGAGAGGCGUAGUGGACUGAAGCGCAGACGCGGGCGUGAGAGGGACCUCCGUGGGCGUGUGGGCGUGGUAGCCGAGCCGCUGGAGCCAUGAGGAUGGGCGUGAUGGGCGGUUUCUCGCCGCUAUCUUACCUGGCUACACUCCUCCUCCUGCUCCUCUUCUACCCCAGUGAGACUCACGCCCGCAAGAAAAUUGAUGUCUACGUGGCUGGCUUCUUCCCAGUGGGGGACGGUCCCAAGCACUCCCUGGGGAGAGGGGUGAUGCCAGCCCUCAACCUGGCCGUGAAACAUGUCAACGAACACCCCACCGUCCUCAGGAACUACAAGCUUCAUGUCAUCUGGAACGACACUCAGUGCGACACAGCCGUGGGAACCAAGUCAUUCUUCGACAUGAUGUACAAGGAGCCCAGGAAAGUGAUGCUCUUCGGCGCCGCCUGCACCCACGUCACCAGUCCCAUCGCCAAGGCUGCCAAACACUGGAAUAUUGUACAGCUGUCGUACGCAGACACCCACCCCAUGUUCUCAGCCAUCAAGUACCCGAACUUCUUCAGGAUGGCCCCGUCUGACAAGGAGUUCAACCACCCUCGCCUGCAGCUGCUACAGCGGUUCAAUUGGACUAGGGUCGGCACCCUCUUCCAGAACGAGCCCAGGACACGCCUUGCUCACAACCACUUGGCUUCGCUGCUGGAAAUGCACAAGUAUGAGAUUGUUGUGACCCAGAAUAUAGCGGACGAACUCAAAGAGCAGCUGAAGAAGCUCUUCGACAAGGACGUGAGAGUCAUCCUGGGCUACUUCGACGAGCACUGGGCGAGGAGGAUAUUCUGCGAAGCCUUCCGGAAGGGCAUGUACGGCAAGAAUUAUCAGUGGAUCAUCACAGGGAUGUACCGGGAGGAGUGGUGGACCCUGCGAGGCAACGGCGAAGACCUGGAAGAUGACGGAACACUCGACUUCGAAGACGAACCGAAGGAGUCAGGGGGAGGAGGGUGCGCCGUCGAGGACAUCAUGACAGCUCUGGAGGGUUGCAUCAUGACUGACCUCCUCCCUCUCACUACCUCGCUGGAAAAGACCGUCUCUGGGAAGAACAUCUCAGAGUACGAGAGAGAAUACAAUGAACUGAGGCGGUCAGAGUACUCGAGGUUCCACGGGUACACCUACGACGGAGUGUGGGCCAUGGCCCUGGCCAUACAGGCGGUGGGCCAUAAGUUACAUCGCAUCAAUCACCACAAUAAAACCAACAAAACCGUUCAGGACUUCAGUUAUCGUGACCCGGAAUGGGAAGAUCUCUUCACCAAGGCACUGUCCGAGGUCAAGUUCGAAGGGGUCACGGGUCACGUGCAGUUUACGAAGGACAACACAAGGAAAGGUUACAUUCUGAAGAUUAAGCAGUUCCAAGGUGGCAGGGAGGUGAAGAUAGGUGAAUUUGAUGGUUUCGAGAACGUACUUGAGCUGGACAAGGGACACCCUAUCUACUGGCCAGGAGGCAACCCUCCGCUUGACCGCACCGUCAAGCUUAUCGAGAAGACCAGUGUCAACAUCAGCAUCUACGCCAUCCUGGUUACCAUAGCUUCAUCUGGUAUCGUCAUGGCCUCCAUCUUCCUCGCCAUCAACAUCAAGUACAGGAAUCAGAGGUACAUCAAGAUGUCGUCGCCUUACCUAAACAACGUGAUCAUCGUGGGUUGCAUCCUGACCUACACCUCCGUCAUCCUGCUAGGGCUGGACUCGGAACUAACCAGUGAGACCAUUCCUUACAUUUGUACCGCCCGCGCCUGGGUUCUCAUGGCCGGCUUCACUCUGGCCUUCGGAUCCAUGUUCUCCAAGACCUGGCGGGUUCAUUCCAUCUUCACCGAUGUCCAGCUCAACAAGAAGGUGAUCAAGGACUCACAGCUGUUCUUGGUGGUGUUCGUGUUGCUGUGCGUGGACGUGGCCAUCAUGACCACCUGGCAGAUCGUCGACCCCUUUUACAGGGAAACCAAAAAACUGGCACCUUAUAUGCGAGGUGAUAUACUCGUUAUACCAGAGAACGAGUACUGCAAGAGCCAAAAGAUCUCCGUGUUUGUAGGCUGCAUAUACGCGUAUAAGGGGCUACUAAUGGUGUUCGGGUGCUUCUUGGCUUGGGAGACGCGACUGGUGAGCAUCCCGGCGCUGAACGACUCCAAGUACAUCGGGAUGAGCGUGUAUAACGUGGUGAUCAUGUGUAUCAUCGGUGUACCCAUCUCGUACAUUCUAAGCGACGAGCAGGAUGCUUCCUACCUCAUCAUCUCCGUAUUCAUUCUCUUCUGCACCACUGGCACGCUCUGCCUCGUCUUCGUUCCCAAAAUGCUGAUAGAACAGCUGGGGGAGGACGCUCUUGCGGAGGUCGAAGGUCAUGACCUCACCAGAAGCACUCGGCGACCCUCAAAACCUCGGUCUAUAGAGAGACUAAGGAUAGAAGGUCCGUCGGUCACGGAAACCACGGAAGCCACGGAGCUUACGUCGCUGUGUUCCGGAACGUCGCAGGAGGGCGAGUAUGUACCCCGUAGUGGUGUGGCGUGUGUGCCUUCCCCUCUCUCCACCUCCACAACCACCACCACCACCACCACCACCACAACCACCACCACCUCCUCCACCACCACCACCACUCACCACCAUCUCCAACAACACCACCACCACCACCUCCACCACUACCACCACCACCACCACCUGCCCGCCACUGGUCUGGGGUCCGCCUCUCUCUCCUUAGACCGUGCCUCCUCACGACGAGGGGUGACUUUCGCCUCCCCUCUACAAACCCCUCGUGACGUCAGCAAGAGCGUGUCCUUCCGGAUGGAGGGGGGAGGAGUGGGGACAUGUCCCCCCACGGUGGAGGCCAUCCCUCUCAUCCACAUGAACACUCCACCCACUCAGCUAUCUGGCCACCCACCUAUGCCGUGUGAACCACUGCUGGAGCGUGAGGGGGCAGCGUACGGAGGUUACGGCGGGGUGUACGUCCACGACUACGGUGGUGCCAUGAUGCAGAAGGAGCAGAAUAUCUUGCAGCAGCGGCGGGCCAGCAGGACCAGCCUGCAGGGAAUGAGGAGCUACAGCCGAGGGGAGGUGGACAUGGGACCCCCGCUAGAGGACGCGCCUCCGCCCCCGACGAUGAUGGAGUACGGGGGAGCGCCCCUGGGGGAGGCGCCGACGACGGUAGGGAGCGGUAUGCCCCCGGCGUCGCACGUCGAUGUGUGCCCGUACAGAAGGACAAGCCUCCGUCAGAGCAACAGCACCAAGUACAGUCAAGUGCCUCGCAACCUGUACACUCCGCUCAACAACGAGGAGAGCGGAGGGGAGAAGCUGCCCUUGUUAGUGGGCAAGAAGAACAGUGAUCUCAAGAUUAUAAACAAUAAAGCCAACUACCAGACGCUCAGCGAGAAGAACAGCAAUGCCCUCGCCAACCUCGCCGCCGGCUACAACAUAUCAGGCGACGGACCAGUCGGGUACAGAGCCACGCAGCAGCCACAGCAUCCGCAGACGCAGGCACAGAGGUAUCCGCAGGAGCAGCAGCAGACCACCCGCAUCGCCGCCCUCAGGCGCGGUAGCGAGCCUCCAAGACCCCCUGGGAGAGGUUCCAUGCACAUCCGCAACAGGUCUUGUGACGACCUAGCGUGCUCCUGCUGCGAGGUGCCCCUCCCGCACGACCUGCUCGCCGAUCACGCCGGCCACAGCGCGUCCGACGCAGCGACCGACAGCGACGUAGACCCGCGAGACAUAAGCGCCGGUGGACGAACUCGUUGGGAACUGGGAGACGAUCGGGACGGAACACGAACCAUCUCUCGAGCUCACCUGAGAAGGGACAGCUUCGGGGAGGUGGUGUCUAGACGAUCUCCUAGCCAAGACAGCCUGGAGCAGGUGCGCACGCGAUCUCCCACCAUCAUGCUGGACGACCCUACUCCGUUAGCUACGCCCACGCCCCCACCUCACACGACCCACGACAUGCUAGGGCGGCACUCACCAAGUCAAGACAGCUUCGGGUACGGCGUCUGUCGGAGGUCUGAGAGCCAAGAUAGCCUGGAUCAUCAGGAAACGUCUCGCCACACAGUGGCUUCAUCAGGGUCCCUGGGUACAAAGAGCAGUCCAGGCUCCCCUCCCGGCACAUUUUAGGUUACUUCUGGGCCCGGAAAAGAUGCGGCCGUCUCCAGGUGCUCCAGCAAGGAGACGGUGCGAAACCACGCUCCUCUGAUCCAGCAGACGCUGCCACGCCCGCACGCCCACAGCCACGCCCACACCGGCUACAUGAACGGUGAGAUGAGUGAGUCUGCCGCUUCUUCUGAAGACCUUAACCCUUCUCAGUGCCACGAGAUGUAUAGAGAGCCGAACAGCCUUCACCGCACCAUCAGUGAGCCCUAUUAUAACUUCGACGACGACGACUCAGACGGACCAGGGCAGCAGCACCUGCUGAUGCUGCAGCAGCAGGCAAAGCAGCAAGAGCAGCUCCUGCAACACCAGCAACUAAGAGGCAACAGAGCGAGGCUGCCUCCAGUGAGAACCCCAUCAUAUGACAACUCCUACGAUACCUCCUCUCUGGUUGGCUUCAGUACGCAUUCACUACGAGGUCGUUCGCACCACGCGCGACACGCAACGACCACUUCCGUCGCCGCAGCCAUCGCCGCUGCAAGGAAGAACGCGUCGGACAACGCGCUGGAUCACGACACGUCGAUACUGCCCAUCUUCCAGAAACUGCUGAGCGAGAGGCAACGUGGCUAUCACGGCCACGCCAGGGACUUCACCAUGUCCUCCUGCCCCAACAUUACUAUCAAGUGUGAUAUUGUGGAGUACCUAUGAUCCGGCAGCAGCACUCACCACCUCCACCACCACUACCACCACCACCACCACUAUCACCACCUCCACCGCCACUACUACGUCUAGUACCGUCAUGAUCACUACCCCCAAACACUUCCCCCCCCCCUCAUAAUCACUUCUAUAACUACCAGCAGUAACCUCCUUUCUCCCUCUUCCCCUCAACUACCACCACUACCUCCACUACCACCAUCACCCCCACCACCACAACCACCACCACCUCACCUUUGUACCAAUCAUCACAACCUAUUUUACAAUGGACGUUUGUGCUUAAGAAAAGUUUUCUAGUAGCUGUGAACCAAUUUCUUGGUAUCUCCAUAAUACACCUCUCUUGCCCACCCUUCACAAACUCACCCAAACCUAAACGUGUGUGUUUGUGUGUGUAUGUGUGUGUGAGUGUGUGUGAGUGUGUGUGUGUGUG